UAUGUCAUGUGUUGAUCUUGUGACCGUCUCAAGUUGCAAGUAUUUAUAAUGUUUGUUGUGGAGAACGCCUCGAAAAUUUCAAGAUGACUGAGAUCGUUAGCGGAGUUUUGAAGCUGACAUUUGGAUUCUUAGUGAACAAGGCUCGCAGUAAAAUUUCAGAACGUUUAAACGAUGGCGACGUCACGGACGAAGAAUGUCGACGCUUGAUCGUGAGAGAACUCGAUGAUAUAAAGAGGAAGUUGGAUGGAUUGGCGAGAAAGGAUUUACUGAGCAGUCUUUGUUUUCUGGAAGAAGGAAUCAAUGGUCUUUAUCAGUCCCUACAACAGUUUAAGGCAUUCGAGAAUGGAUCAGAAUCGACCGAACAAGCAACCUCAGCUGGAGCUACGUCUUCUAAAGAAACUGGUCUUGUUUCUCAAAUCAACGAGGUUAUGUCUUUGAUAAACGCCUUCAAUUCGUUGAAAAUGCAUUCCAAGGAACGCUAUCUCUCUGCCAUAGAGUCGUUCAAACUCGCUCGUGAAAAAGCCACCGAAGCAUUCUGCAACGAAGCUUUGUCCAUCGAGGACCGAAUUCAAGCGACGCAGGUUCGAAUGAUGGCCAGAAUUUUAGAAAAAUCAGAAGAUCCUGACGCGGGGGUAAGCGAUUGCCUACAAUACCUGAAGCAGCUUCAUGAUGUCAAAGCUAUUCAGGAAAUAUUUUCUGUCGUGAUUGACGGCGGAAUUAAAUCUCCGUUUAAUAAAACGAAGCGACUCAACAAUGCUUCGUCUGUUUACCAAAUGAAUCUGCUUUUAUUUGAGUUUGCCAAAAGGUUUUCGAACUUGCAAACAGUGAUUUUUGAUUGGCCCAAGAUUUUGCUUGGAAAGAAAACUCAUCAUCCAUUAGUCGGGAAUGAUCCCCUUAUUGAAAAAUACAAAGAGUCUGGUGUGGAAAUUACGUCGCCGUACCUGCGUUACACAUUUUCCGAAAGUAUUGAUCGAUCUCGUUGUUUUGUAAAUAGCAAAAGAGAAGUUGUUGCGAAAAUACCGAGAGAUGAUUCUGUUAAAAUCUUGAAACCCUCAGGAGAAUCCCGUACCAUAUUUGAUCCUUCCAAACAAGAGGAUUUGCCAAGUUGCAAGGUUGCUGCGAUGGAUAUCGAUGCUGAAGAUAACCUUUACGUCAUCACGGCAUUUCGAGAAAGCGAUGAUCAACCAUGGAGUUACAAGUUGAUGAUAUUUGAUGAGAAUGGAGAGAAAAAACUUGAGUCUUUGUUGCCUUUUGAAAACACCGUAAUCAAUAAAUAUCGUCAGUUUAAACUCAUGGCAGAAUACAAUGGACAAAUGUUUCGCGGUUUGCGCGUGGAUAUAUUUGGAUAUGUUGUACCCAUAGCAGUAAACAAUGACAAAAUGAUCGCCGUUUUUGAUCGAGAGAAACAAAUUCUACAUGUCGGAACUUCAUGUAAGACGAAUUCAUUUGAAGUCCAUAAUAGUUUUCAUCUCAAAGAAUUAUCUGACAGAGUGAAUAUGAUACGGUUUCUAGAUAAUAAUGGAACAAAAAUAAUUGCUGCAGGUUAUUUGAAAGAUUGUUUUUAUAUCUACACGGAAAACGGGGAGUUGGAACGCAAAGUUAUGAUACCUAAAAAAUAUGGAUAUAUUUAUUCCGUUGCGAUAAAUUACAUCACAAAACGGAUCCUGGUUAUAACUAACGGUGGACGUUAUCUUUGUAGUUUCUCAGAAACAGGAGAGCUCAAAGACGAUGUUGAGCUGGAGUUUUUGUCCUUUGUUAAGAUUAUUUCUAAUCUCCAUGGUGCAGUUGCUUUGGUUUGGGAACAGCGCGUAACAUUUCUUCAAUUGUAGUGGACUUAUUUUCGUGAAGGCAAAUAUUAAAAAAAGCACUAUGGGCAUAUGUCAAAUGGCAAUGCAAUAAAUCCAUGGUAAAUAAAACUUCAAUUAGUCAAAUCAAUUCCGACAGGAUGACAAUCACAUACAAAGAGUUCAGAAAAAUUAUUUUUAAUCUUGUAUGACUCAUAACUUUCUGAAAUCACUGAACUCUCUCUGUGUGUGACUGUCAUCCUGUGAGGAUUGACUUUUUGUUCACUAUAAGCCAUUAAUAUUUUACCAUUCACAUGAUCACAUCAGUGUAAUUUUAAAUCACAUGAAUGACAUAUCAAAAAAAUCAUUAAUAGACACUCCCCAAAUUUGUAAUUGAGGCAUGGACAUUGUAGAAUAUUGUUGAUAAACAGUUUUUCAUUGUCAGUCAUCAAAUUCAAGAAUUGGCAAUUUUGUAACAUUUUAUACAGAAUGACUUUCUCAUAGACAUGCAGUAAAAUAAGAUAAAAAAGUUUAUUUUUUUGUGAAACACAAGUUUCAAGCAAAAUUAUAGCUCUGGAAAAGAAACACUGAACUGUUGAACAAUCCUUAAUUAUAUAUUUUAGCCAGUUGCUUGACCAUCACCAUAGCUGAUGAGCUUUAAAAACUUUUAUAAUAGAAUUGAAAUUACUUGAUACCUUGUGUACCAGAGCUUUCUGCUUACCAGAUGUUGGAACAAGAAUGUAUACAAAAAAC